AUGGUUCGUCCAGGCGUUAUAAUAUGUACCACUCAAUUUGACUGGAGCACGAAUUCGAGCAAGCUUUCGUCGAUCGAGACUGUCAUGGACGCGUCUGUGGUCACGAGCUUCCGCGAGAAGGUCGUCGAACAGCCAGAGGUAUUCUUCACGCCAUCAGACGACGUCGCAAAGGAGAUCCAAGCGUUUGCCAAGCACGCGUAUGAUCGUACCUCCAAGUACCAGAGUAACACUGGUGGUGCUCAGCCACUGGACGAGCUCUACGUGGACGGCUUUGAUGCAGACCAGGUGUGGGAGCAGCUCCGUCUGCUGAAUGGUCCGUUGCUGGCGGAGAUGACCCAGCGCAUCCGCUCGUUCAGGAAAGCUCCGGGCAAGAUCAAGCUCUUUCUAUCGGAAGAGCAGGAGGAAAGUAGAGAAGAGGAGGAGCAAGAAGCUGAGAGUGACGCUGAGAGCGAAGAGGAGACGCUUAGCAGUGAAGAGAAGUUCCGUGAUGACGAAGAGGUAGCUGAUGCCAAUUUGGACAUAGAUGGCAAUGAAGUGAAGAAAGCAAAGAAAAAGAGCAGGAAGGCUCGUGAUGUUGCGGAGGAUGGAUUCUUCGACUGGGAUGAAAUGGACAAAGCGGCUGAAGAAGAAGAGGAUGAAGACGAUGAGGAUGAGGACGAAGAUAUGGACGGUGUUGAUGGUGGAGCUGAUGGUGAAAGUGUUGAAGAUGAUGGUGACGACUCUGAGAUGGAAGAAGGCUCGGAUGCUGAGGCCGCGGAGGAGAUGAAGUACGGUGACUUUUUUGGAAAUGAAGAUGAUCCAGAAGAUGGAGAGGAUUGUGACGAGGAGGAAGAGCUGAAUGACGAUGAGAAGCCUGCAGACGACAAUGAUGAAGACGAGUACCCGACCGUAAAGCGCGCAAAACCUGAUAUUGAAGAGAUUGUCGAUGAUGAAGAGCUCGCUGAGCGAGGCAUAAUGUCGUCUCAUCAGCGUCAGCGUCUACGACUUCAGAAAGAGAUCAAAGAGCUAGAACACGAGGCUAUCGGCGAGAAGCCGUGGCUGUUAAAAGGUGAGGUGCGCUCGGCCGCUCGACCGGAGAACAGUUUGUUAGAAGCGGUGCUUGACUACGACAGACCCGUGAAGGCAGCUCCUGUGAUUACAGAGGAAGUGUCGAUUGCGCUUGAGGAGAUGAUCAAGAAGCGUAUUCUCGAAGACGAUUUUGACGAUGUGAUCCGUAAGUUUGCUGGUAACGAGGGGGACAAGAAGAAGCAGCUAGAGGAGGUGUCAAUGGAAAAGUCGAAGGAGGGGCUGGGUGAAAUCUACGAGAAGGAGUACAUGAAAACGGCCAUGGGCUUCGAGGCUGAUGAUGAGUCCAAGCAGGACCAAGAGGAGAUUGACGUGAUGUUCAAAAGCCUUUGCUGGAAGCUCGAUGCCCUGUCGAAUUACCACUUUACACCCAAACCAGCUGUCAAGGAGCUGCAGGUCAAGCCUGCUGUUCCUGCGAUUGCAAUGGAGGAGGUGGUACCUCUCAGCGUGAGCGAUGCAAACUUGAAGGCACCCGAAGAGGUGUACGAGAAGAAGCGCAAGCGCGGUGAAGCCGUGCUGCAAUCGAAGGAAGAGAUGACGCAGCCUGAGCGCAAGGCGCUGCGUAAUGCCAAGAAGCACGCACGGAGAAAGGAGAAGCGCCAGCACGAGUUUGACGAGCGCCUGGUCGCUAAACUCAACCCUGGAUUGGGCAACAAGUACGAGAAGAAGAAGAUGCUCGAGAGCAUUGCGAGUGCCAAGAACAUCACGACGGGCAAGCAGAUCAAGGGGACGUCCAAGCAGUUCUCCAACUCGAAAGAGUUCUUUUCUCGUCUCCAGGACGAGGUGCAGGAAAAAAUCAGGAAUGUCAGCAGCAACGAGUAG